AUGAGGGGUCAGCUAGGCCAUGGCGACCAGCUUGGAGCCAAUGGCCCGAGUCUUGGAGGCGGCCAUAGGUUGGCCUGCGUCCUUGCCGUUUCUGGCGGUGCCAACACAGGCCCAGGAAACCUCACAUCUCUCGAAAUGCACUUCGACAUCUGGGAGGGAGCCUUCUUCCUGGGGCCGCGCGAGUUCGAAGAGGCCGGGGCUGAAGGCUACCGAUUGCAGGAACAGCUGGACGUGGGUAACAAGUACUACACCAAGUACUGGCAAGAGAAUGGCCGGACAAACGGGACGGUUGUUGCCUGUCGACAGAUGCACGAGCGCGGUCCACACGAUGUGGGCAGCUUGCUCGUCUUCGCUGAUGCCGCUGCAGAGGCCGAGUUUACCCACCAGGGUCUCGGCUUGCUGGAUGCUGCGUAUUUCAAAGCCGUUAAGAUGGGCUUGCAGACUGCCGGAAGCGCCAUGUACCUCGGCGGCCGCUACGGGAGCGUCAAGCAGGGCGGACUGCUUGGCAUCCUGCUUGCCAACCCCGCCGACUCUGCCGUUGGCCUCGGCGGCUGCACCGCCGUUGGCCCAUUCUGGGAGGUGUUCGAGGCGGAUGCUAGCCCGCGUGCCAGUGUCAUCCAACGCAUUUCGGACCCCACGUCGCAGGAGAAGGACACUGAUGGCCGACGGCUUUCCAUGACCACGGCCGAGGCUAUCUCCAAGAUACCAACUGCCUGGGCGUGGAAGGUUGCGCGUGCCGAGGCCGCCUUCUCGUCAAAGCUGAAGUGGAGGUCGGUGACCUUCUGGUUCCGGAUUUUGGAGUCCGACUCGGAAGAGGCCACCGUCACCGUCGCCCCUGCAGAAGUCGGUGUAGCGACGACGAAGCGGUCGUCGCGCACCAGGAAGCCAGGUCUGGACUAA